CAACUGGGCACGUUCCAAACCAGAAGUACUUCUUCUUGUUUGAUGUAGCUAGCUUCAGGCGAGUUGUGGAGCACGGUUAUUGAUACAGAUGCCGUGGAAAUGAAAGGUGUGUGCUCCUGCUACAGGCAGCAGUGAUGGAGGAAGGAACGCCCCGGGCGGCCGUGUCCUGGCAGAACGGAACCCUGGCUCCUGUGGAUCGGCUCCGCACGGAGAGGGCGGACAGCCCCACACCGGGUCUGGUGGAGGGAACUGAACCAGGUGCAGGUCAGAGGAGUGCCAUGUUCGUUCAUGCACAGUCCUUUGAAGAUCUGACUGCUGAAGCCGAGGACGAGGCCCAGAGAGCGGCUAAACCGGACUGCUCAGAGGGACGUGACGCAGAGGAGUUCAAGGUGCUGGUUGGAGAGAAGAGCUCAGAGAAGCAGCGKAGCGAGGACUURUUGUCCGAGAGCGGGACCAAAGAGGAGGAGGAUGUGUCCAGCGAGGCGUGGCGCAGUCACAGGAAGCACAUGUUUGUGUUGAGCAAGGCCGGCAAGCCAAUCUACACCCGCUACGGUACGGAGGAGGCUCUGUCCAGCACUAUGGGGGUGAUGAUGGCUCUGGUCUCCUUCGUCGAAGCCGAGAAGAACAUCAUCCGUUCCAUUCACGCAGAUGGUUGUAAAGUGGUUUUCCUCAACAAGAGUCCUCUGGUCCUGGUGGGCGUGUCUCAGACCUGUCAGUCAGACAAGGAGCUGCAGCGAGAACUUCAUUACAUCUACUAUCAAAUCAUCAGCCUGCUCACCCUCACCCAGCUCAACCACAUCUUUCAGCACAAGCAGAACUACGACCUGCGCCGCCUGCUGGCCGGCUCCGAGUACCUCAUCGACAACCUGAUGCACCGCUUGGAGCGGGACCCUGGGCUGUUGCUUAGCGCGGUCACCUGCCUGCCCCUGGCUAGCUCUGCCAGGGACGUAGUGUCAUCGAGCCUUCAGGCCGCCAAAGACAAAAACCUGGUGUUCUCCAUUCUGUUGGCCGGCGACCGCCUGGUCACCCUCGUCAGGAAGAAAGACCAGUUUCUGCACCACAUAGACUUGCACCUGGUCUUGAACCUCGUCGGCUCCUCUUCAUCCUUCCGGGAGGGCGAGGGCUGGACUCCCAUCUGCCUGCCGAAGUUCAACACUGAAGGGUUUUUCCACGCUCACAUUUCGUACCUGGAGCCCGCGUCAGAGCUCUGCCUCAUUCUGGUCUCCACCAACAAAGAGGAGUUUUUUAACAUGUCGGAGUGCAAGCACCGCUUCAUGGAGAGGUUGGGGAAGCGCAACGCCUACCAGGUCCUGAAGGAGGCGCUCAAAAGCCCGAGUUAUGCUGUGGAGCAGGUUGGCAUCCCGGAGCUCAGACACUUCCUGUACAAAUCUAAGAGCUCAGGGCUUUACACCAGUCCUGAGUUUCCCGAGGUGUACCAGUCUGAUGAGGAGCAGGAGCGACUGAUGGGACUGUACCAGGACCUCCACAGCAGUUUGCACCAUCCAACCAGACCUCUGCGCUCCUACUAUCGCUGCAGUGAAACUGAGAACCUGCUGGCUCGGGUGACAAGCGGCUUCGAGCUCUACCUCUGCUUCAGUCCUCUGGCAACCAAGGCCUUGGCCGUGUCUGCGGUCAUCAAACUGCUGAAGUGGAUCAGGAAGGAAGAAGACCGCCUUUUCAUCCUGAGUCCACUCACAUACUGAGUCCUCGCUGCUGCCUGACCUACCGAGACCAAAACAAACAAAAACAAAACAGGGGCUUCGUUUUCACUGUGUGGCCUGAUGCCAAAACCCACAUCAGAUGGAGUAGAAAGCAUUUAACUGUAGAAUGAUUGUCAGAGCUAUGCAUCUCUUUAAUCCUGGGCUAUUUAUCAUUUAAAGCUUAGGUUUGUGAUUUAACAGGCUGUGCUAUGAAGGUAAAUUAAAGCAGUAUUUUAAAUGGGUAGAUUUGUAUUUUAGAACUUUUAAUUUUGAUUACCAGGUGAAAGCAGCAUUAACACUGACGACUCAUCAAAGCUGCAGUUUGUUUGCUGUCGAGUUCUUAACGAACAAUUGUUUUACUGUCACAGAGCUUUCAUGAAAUACCAAGUUGCUGUUUGUCUGUUUUAAUGCUAGGAGUUUUCUUUCUACAAACUAAAAUAAAUAAAACUGGAUCAAAGAAAUCUGGAAACGCAAGCAAAACUCUGCAAAACCUGUUAGCCACAUUCCUGAUGUGUUCUCUUAUGAUUUUGUACUUCUGUUCUGAAUAAAAGCACUUAAUGAAAGAUA